UCGCUUCUAAGAGUCAGACUGGCGACAUCUUUCGCUCACGGUGGCCUCCCAAGCUUUACAUAUCCGGAAGCGUGUGAAUCCUGCAAGGCUUCCGUCAGGGACUACGACCGCACCUCCCAGGGGCACAAUACUUAUGGAUGGUCCCUGAUGUGUACUUCCGCAUCUGGGCCUUGAAAACUUUUCCUGCCACUUCGUUAUUUACAGAUUCCAGGAAUUGUCGGUCAUCCUCGGACGGAAUGCGGGUUUUCGAAAACCCGCUCUAAUUUCGCCCGUUGCAGGGUCAUGGAAUGACAGUACCCGAUGCACUCGUUUAAACUCGUCCACUCCUUCCUCUUGAUCACCUUUUUCGUAGGGAUAGGGUGUCUUGCUGCCACUGCAAAGCCUCCUUACUACAUCAUCUCCAAUGCCGAAACACCCUCUUUUGGUCGUCCGGGUCUGACCCCCGUCGGGAAGAGGAGGGCAGAGGAGUGCAUUCCAAACCUUUUUUCUAACCUCAAUAUUGGCCAAAUUAUCACCUGCAAAGUUGAUAAAGACGGUGAAGCCGGACAUGAAUGUCCCGCUGCUAACGCAACUAUAGUUCCACUUGCGAAAUUGCUCGGCUUGAACAUUACCACAUGCGGCACGGGCGAAGAGUCCAACGAUGAUUGUGUUCACGACAAGAUUCAUAAAUUCAACCUGAACAGUAACCAAUCCACAUUGAUUGCGUGGGGUGCUAGUGAUAUGGAUGACCUCGUUGAGAAUGCCGAUAUCAACGAUAAUGGUUUGGAUGAAGAUUUGCUUGGUCUGCACUCCGACCUCAUUUUAAUCAUUAACGGAGGCAAAACAAUCCAAAGCUCUAUGAACUGUACCGGAAUCGACGGUCCUGCGUAGACUAGUAUGGGUUUAUCAAGCCUCAAUAUCGAAUAAUUAUGUGUCCCGGGCCCUUUUCCUUCUGUAUGAAGAUACCAGAUGUGUCGUAAAGUACACAUGCACAAUGCAAAUGGUCGAUGGGCAUCGUGUUCCCGCAUUUGAGGAAUGGCAUUUCGGACAGAUGACUUCUUGCCUCUUGCCUCUUCGCUUGUGCCAGUUCCAGCUCAAUUGCAGUGUGAAAUACAUUCAACUGUUCAACUGAUGACUGAAAGAGCAACCAGUUGCGUCGGGCCGCGGGACGGAAGACGACGGAGUACUCAGCUGCAGAAACUAGUAUUAGGGAAAUAAGUACGAGUGAACAUACAAAACUGAAAGGAGUCCAGGGGUGAGAAAUAGAAAAGAGGAUUUGGAGCGAC